UGUGUAGCUAUAUAUGUUCAUAGUAACAUACUGUAUAUGGAUUCAUUAAGUAGAUAUACCCUGUCUGCAAUUCAAAUGUCUGUGUGAGUGUGUGUGUGUGUGCGCGCGCGCCACAUGAUAACAAUUACCUAACAAUGCUUAGCCUCGUGCUGCUGUGUCGACUUCACCUCUUACGAAAACCGUCAGUGUGUCAGCUUCCAGCUCCUCACACUCACACGGUGAAUCUACGAGCGUCAACCUCUUCUGUUCUUCUCACACGGAAACAAAGGAGAAAUGUCCGUCUUCUAUCUCCUCCUACUGCUGGUUCCUCUGGUGUCGUCACAGACGUAUCACUGGGGUCCGUGUCCUACACCGAAAGUUCAACCCAACUUCAACCUCCAACAGUAUCUCGGCCGGUGGUAUGAGAUUGAGAAACUUCCUGCUUCUUUUGAAAGAGGAAAGUGCAUCGAAGCAAACUACGCGGUGAGGGCAGAUGGAACUAUCCAAGUGUUGAACCGACAGUUCUAUAAGGACAAGAUGAGGUCGAUUGAAGGAACAGCCAUCCUCCCCGACUCCAGGGAUCCUGCAAAGCUGGGGGUCAGCUUCUCCUUCUUUACUCCAUACGGCACCUACUGGAUCCUAUCCACUGACUACACCAGUGUGUCCGUGGUUUACUCCUGCACGGACUUUCUCCGCAUCUUCCACGUGGACUAUGCCUGGAUUCUCAGCAGGUCACGUUUCUUGCCUACGGACACUCUCCGCUACGCCAAAAAUCUGCUGAUCGGUGAAGGCAUCGACUUGUUCAAGAUGAAACGCACUGAUCAGUUUGGCUGCAAAGACGACUAGAGACUGGUGAACUGUGCAGGUGUUGACAAGUGAAGGUGAUUCAGUGCUUUUUUUAUUUAUUCUAGUUUGUAUUUUAGCAGAUCAUAUCAGAUUAUGAUGAUGACGUUUGUACUCACUGGUUUGUAUCCACAUUUACCCCAUU